AUGGGGAUAACGGUAGAAUUUCAUGACGAUGGAUGUGCCCUUCUCAGAAUGAAAAAUGGACAAAAUCGCUGGAACUUGACGACAUUGAAUCAGCUCAAUAACGCACUGGACGAGGUGGAAAGGCUUGUAAUUGCCUCGAUAUUGGUGACCACAGGCGAGGGCAAAUUUUACAGUAAUGGCCUUGACCUUGAUUGGGUGAACUCUAUUGGGAGAUCUAGUGAUGCUGGGAGGCAGUUCCUCGCCGACCUGCACGAUACCCUCUGGAGAAUCAUGCACUUUCCGAUACCCACUGUGGCCGCCAUUAACGGGCACUGUUUUGCUGCUGGAGCUUUUCUGGCAUUGUGCCAUGAUUACAGAGUGAUGCGGUCUGAUCGCGGAUGGAUUUCUUGGAAUGAAACAUUGAUCAGCCUUCGAAUAACAGAUUCAUCCAUUUUACA